CUGAGCUGUAGAUAGAAACACAAUGGCCGCCAAGAAGUGGGAUUCCAAUAAGGAGAUAGAUUAUUUCCGCGAAUAUCUGCGUAUUCCAAGUGUUCACCCGAAUCCGGACUAUGCACCCUGCGUGGAGUUUCUAAAGCGUCAGGCUAAGGACUUGGAUCUACCUAUCAAGGUCUACUAUCCAUUCGACAAACAGAAUCCCGUGGUGGUUCUGACUUGGGAGGGUACUGAAAAGGAAUGGCCAAGCAUUCUACUGAACUCUCAUAUGGAUGUAGUUCCCGUAUUCCCUGAAAGCUGGACUCAUCCACCAUUUGGCGCAGAUAUCGAUGAGGAUGGUCGCAUUUUCGCCAGAGGAUCACAAGAUAUGAAGUGUGUGGGAAUGCAGUAUUUGGCGGCCAUCAGGGCUUUAAAAGAAAAGGGAUCAAGGUUCAAGAGAACAAUUCACAUCUCCUUCGUGCCAGAUGAGGAAUUAGGUGGUCGAAAGGGAAUGUUACCAUUUGUUUCCUCAAAGCAAUUUAAGCUUCUUAACAUUGGGUUUUCCUUAGAUGAAGGAAUUGCAUCGUCCACUUCAGAGUUUCCCGUUUUCUAUGCCGAACGUACAGUGAAACGUGUGAUUUUCAAAAUUAGUGGAUCUGCAGGACAUGGUUUGCUUUUGAUGCCCAAUACGGCGGGCGAGAAAUUCAGCUAUUUAACCAGCAAGUUGAUGGAGUUCAGGGAAGGGCAAGUGAAACGCUUGAAGGAUAAUCCAGAACUACAGAUUGGCGAUGUGACCACCAUUAACUUGACUUCGGUGGAUGGGGGAGUACAGAGCAAUGUGGUGCCUCCUAUGCUAACCGCCUGCUUUGAUAUUCGAUUGUCUUUGGACAUAAAAGUCCUCGAGUUCGAAGCCUAUUUAGACAAAUGGUGCGAAGAGGCUGGUGGUGAAAUUGAGCUUGACAUUAGUAGAAAAGAUCACAUUCCACCAACUGUCACAGAUGAUUCAAACCCUUUUUGGGUGGCCUUUAAACGUGCCACUGAAGAAUUGGGUCUUUCGACCAAACUUCAGGUAUUCCCUGGCGGCACUGACAGUCGGCAUAUUCGGAAGGUAGGCAUUCCUGCUUUGGGCUUCUCUCCAAUGAAUAACACUCCAGUUCUUUUGCACGAUCAUGAUGAGUUCAUCAAUGCAGAUACGUACUUAAAAGGUGUGGAGAUCUAUCAGAAAAUCAUUGAAAAUUUAACUAAUGUUUAAUAUUCACUA